CAGCUUAUUCUUAAGUUUGAGAUUGAAAGCCUUGAAGUUCCUUCUAUUGAGGAGCAAAGUGACCUGAGAGAACCAGAGGAAGUACGGGACACUGAGCAGCUCCUCUCUCAGGACUCUGAAGUCCACCAUGAGAACAAACUGAUUGAUGUUCCUGUUUCAGAGAAGCAGGCUGAAGGUCAAAAGCUUUGUGAGGAAACAUGUGGUGAACCUGUCCGCAAAAAACCAAACUUACAUCCAAAGGCAGGAGCGGUCACUGACAAGAAGAAAACUUGUGAAACAUGUGGGAAAAGUUUCCGUGAUCCGAGCUCUUUAUUGGUCCACAUGAGAUCUCACACAGGUGAGAAGCCGUAUCCUUGUGAAACAUGUGGUAAAAGUUUCAGUCAUCAGAGUGCUUUAGUGGUCCACAAGAGAUGUCACACAGGUGAGAAGCCAUAUCCUUGUGAAAUAUGUGGGAAAUGUUUCCGUGUUCAGCAGGCUUUAUUGGUCCACAAGAGAUCUCACACAGGUGAGAAGCCAUAUCCUUGUGAAACAUGUGGGAAAAGUUUUAUUGACCGGAGUCAUUUGUUGGUCCACAAGAGAUCUCACACGGGUGAGAAGCCAUAUCCUUGUGAAACAUGUGGGAAAAGUUUCACUCGUCAGAGUACUUUGUUGGUCCACAAGAGAUGUCACACAGGUGAGAAGCCGUAUCCUUGUGAAAUAUGUGGGAAAAGUUUCAGUCGGUACAGUCAUUUGGUGGUCCACAUGAGAUCUCACACAGGUGAGAAGCCGUAUCCAUGUGAAGCAUGUGGGAAAAGUUUCAAUAGCCGGAGUAAUUUGUUGGUCCACAUGAGAUGUCACACAGGUGAGAAGCCGUAUCCUUGUGAAACAUGUGGGAAAAGUUUCAUUACCCGGAGUUAUUUGUUGGUCCACAUGAGAUCUCACACAGGUGAGAAGCCGUAUCCUUGUGAAACAUGUGGGAAAAGUUUCAUUACUCGGAGUCAGUUGUUGUGCCACAUAAGAUGUCACACAGGUGAGAAGCCGUAUCCUUGUGAAACAUGUGGGAAAAGUUUCAGUCAGUACAUUCAUUUGUUGCGCCACAUGAGAUCUCACACAGGUGAGAAGCCAUAUCCUUGUGAAACAUGUGGGAAAAGUUUCAGUCGUCGCACCGCUUUAUUGGAUCACAAGAGAUCUCACACAGGUGAGAAGCCAUAUCCUUGUGAAACAUGUGGGAAAAGUUUCAGUUAUCAGAGCGCUUUAUUGGUCCAUUACAGAUCUCACACAGGUGAGAAGCCGUAUCCUUGUGAAACAUGUGGAAAAAGUUUCGUCUCAGAGUCCUCUUUAUUGGUCCACAUGAGAUCUCACACAGGUGAGAAGCCGUAUCCUUGUGAAACAUGUGGUAAAAGUUUCAGUCAUCAGAGUGCUUUAGUGGUCCACAAGAGAUGUCACACAGGUGAGAAGCCAUAUCCUUGUGAAAUAUGUGGGAAAUGUUUCCGUGUUCAGCAGGCUUUAUUGGUCCACAAGAGAUCUCACACAGGUGAGAAGCCAUAUCCUUGUGAAACAUGUGGGAAAAGUUUUAUUGACCGGAGUCAUUUGUUGGUCCACAAGAGAUCUCACACGGGUGAGAAGCCAUAUCCUUGUGAAACAUGUGGGAAAAGUUUCACUCGUCAGAGUACUUUGUUGGUCCACAAGAGAUGUCACACAGGUGAGAAGCCGUAUCCUUGUGAAAUAUGUGGGAAAAGUUUCAGUCGGUACAGUCAUUUGGUGGUCCACAUGAGAUCUCACACAGGUGAGAAGCCGUAUCCAUGUGAAGCAUGUGGGAAAAGUUUCAAUAGCCGGAGUAAUUUGUUGGUCCACAUGAGAUGUCACACAGGUGAGAAGCCGUAUCCUUGUGAAACAUGUGGGAAAAGUUUCAUUACCCGGAGUUAUUUGUUGGUCCACAUGAGAUCUCACACAGGUGAGAAGCCGUAUCCUUGUGAAACAUGUGGGAAAAGUUUCAUUACUCGGAGUCAGUUGUUGUGCCACAUAAGAUGUCACACAGGUGAGAAGCCGUAUCCUUGUGAAACAUGUGGGAAAAGUUUCAGUCAGUACAUUCAUUUGUUGCGCCACAUGAGAUCUCACACAGGUGAGAAGCCAUAUCCUUGUGAAACAUGUGGGAAAAGUUUCAGUCGUCGCACCGCUUUAUUGGAUCACAAGAGAUCUCACACAGGUGAGAAGCCAUAUCCUUGUGAAACAUGUGGGAAAAGUUUCAGUUAUCAGAGCGCUUUAUUGGUCCAUUACAGAUCUCACACAGGUGAGAAGCCGUAUCCUUGUGAAACAUGUGGAAAAAGUUUCGGUUAUCGUUGUUCUUUGCUGCACCACAUGAAAAUUCACUUGGAGAUGAGGUGAUGAAAGAAUAUUGACGAUCUCAUUGACCCAGUGGGUGUUUUUUCAAUCCGACUGAAAACAAGCUUAUUAAACGUAGUUGUAUACAUGUACGGCCUACAAAGCGAUCCAAUCCUCGUUUAUAAGGGUCCUGGGUAAAGCGGAUUAUACUUCGUCCUAUGACAUGCGCAUAAAAUCUCUUGCUGAACUUUCAGGUCUUUAGCUUUGCAGCCAGCAGUCCUCUGCGCGGAGCAGAGUGUUUUUUUCUGCUGGAUAUUCUGCUCAAUAAUGUUCCAACAUCUCCAUGAUACGCUGCUCAGAGAGCUCCUCCACCAACCAGAUUCCCGCCCCGCUGGCACAUCCUGGUAUAAGCACCGGGGCUCAGCUCCGCCGAUGUUUCGAAUUAACUGGUGUCUGUGUUAAGUUGUGACCAACAGAUGAUGAAAUACUGACUGAAACUUGUAGUGUCUUUGGCAAACAACGGUUAUCUACAUUUACAGCAUGUGUUUACACAGAAAUCCGCCAUCACCAACUUCUCUCGGGGUUUUUAUUAAAAACGUGUUUUCAACCACUGUCCAGUUCUUCUUGUUUUUGACUGUCCUGCUUCCCGUUCACUGCGCACGUCCUCAUGUCACUACGUUUGAGGGAGCGCACGCGUGGAACAAAUAGUCCCCCGUAUAUUCAGUUCCGCUGAGGACAGUGUUUGUAUGAGACAUGGCACGGAUUAUAGAUCGGCGUAGAAUACCUCAUACAAUCGAAUCCGAAAUACAAUCCACUCCGAGUGACGCAGAUCCACUCAAUGUUUAUAUGACACAUUUACUCCACUUCACCUACAAUCCGAUUAUACGGGGCACAUGUAAACGUGGCCAUUGAGGAAGUUCAUCUGUAGCUCCAAAUCAUUAUAUGUCAUUAGUGUAAC